UCUAGUGUCUUCAUGUACAACAAGAUAAUAUCAAGGCAUGUUCUCUACUCUGGUUUAAUGAUUUACCCAAUUACGGUAGAAUUUACAUUGCGAUCGAACGUUUCAACACUCCAGUGUCUUCAUGCAACCAGGUAUAAUAUCGGACAUGUUUCGCUACUCUUGUUUAAGUAAAUGAAUGCAAUCCCCGAACAAAUUUACAUUCACGAUCGAACCUUUCAACACUCCAGUCUAGUGUCUUCAUGCAACCAGGUAUAAUAUCAGACAUGUUUCUCUACUGUGGUUUAAGUAAAUGAAUGCAAUGCGUGAAGAAAUUGUAUUCACGAUCCCACGUUUCAACACUCCAGUCUGGUGUCUUCAUGCAACCAAGUAUAAUAUCAGACAUGUUUCUCUACUCUGGUUUAAUGAUUGCAAUCCCCGAACAAAUUUACAUUCACGAUCCAACGUUUCAACACUCCAGUGUCUUCAUGCAACCAGGUAUAAUAUCGGACAUGUUUCGCUACUCUUGUUUAAGUAAAUGAAUGCAAUCCCCGAACAAAUUUACAUUCACGAUCGAACCUUUCAACACUCCAGUCUAGUGUCUUCAUGCAACCAGGUAUAAUAUCAGACAUGUUUCUCUACUGUGGUUUAAGUAAAUGAAUGCAAUGCGUGAAGAAAUUGUAUUCACGAUCCCACGUUUCAACACUCCAGUCUGGUGUCUUCAUCAGGGACAAUGCAUCAUCAGUCAACAAGCUUUUGGUAUAUAUAUCGACACUCAUCUAUAUAUCCAAGGUUGUUGAUUCAUUCUUAUAUGCCAAGGUUCCAAGCAACGUAACUUGUUCUGGGACAGCUGCAUUCACUUACGCAGAACAGAGUGGCUGAAACAUGCCUGAUAUUAUACCUGCUUGUAAUGCAUUAAUAAAGCGCUUUGACUUAGAUUUACCUUCAAACAGUUCCCAUGUAAAAGGAAUCUAACCGAAAACUCUUAGCAUAACUGGUUCUUGUUUUUUUAUGGAAAACUUGUGUUCUGAUCUAAAGUUCUUUUCAAAUGUUUAUUGUGAUCUUUGGUUGGAUUACCAAUUAAUCUUUGGUGGGAUUUACCAUCAGUCUUAUCAUAGUCUGUCAAGAUAUGAUGGUCGGGAAGCUCGGCAAACUUCAGAGCUACAAAAUAGAAAAACUUUGUUUGAUGUCAAACCGUACCUCACCGCGCACAAAUCCUUUGUCUCAACUUCAUUAAAUAUUAUCAUCGUGGUUGUACGUUUCAUCUCAGCUAUCCCUUUUGGACGAUUACUUCGUUAUACGACAAUACAAUGAGCUCAAUCACCGUGACCGUGCACAAAUUAACAUAAAAUCUGACAAAAACAGAACACAAUGAGUUCUUCUGUUUAAUUCCAGACCAUUAUAUCUUGAUAGACUAUAAUUAUGUUCUUAUGAUUGUUAAAUUAAUCAAAUAUAAAAAUCUAUUUAUUUUUUCUGCAUUUUAUUUAGCUCAAAUUGAGUACUUCAAAGAUAAGUACGGUGGAGUACCUAAAUGGAUAGACGAUCUGACAUCUUACACAUUCUUCACAGAGGGUUGGGGUUUGUAUUCUGAAAAUCCGGUCAUUGCUGAGGAUACUGACACUUAUAAAGAGCACCCCAUGCAGAGAUUCGGUAUGCUUAAGUGGCAGGUAUGAGUUCCUUUCUCGAUAUAAUUAAACACGAUUGCAGCGAACUUUUCUAGCGAGUUUUUUGUUUUAGUGUCUUCUUUUCUUCGUAGGUUUGGAGAGCUUUGCGUUUAAUUGUUGAUACAGGUCUACAUUAUCGUGGAAUGAAUAGGUAGGUAAUUGAUGAUAUCAUUACAGUCUCAUUGAUCCAAUGUUACUACACGAGGAAACCUAAACUAAAUUUAUUUACACUCAAUAGCUCAAGCUAUCACUUCCAAACUCUUCUUCCUAUGGAGGUAAAGUAAGGAUCAUAUGACUCUUCUUAUUGGUCCUGUGUUACUUCAGUUGGAAACCUAAACUAAACGUUAACUAACUUAUUUUUUUAUACAUACUGCAUAGCUCUAUCAGUUCUAAACUGUUCUCUCUUCAGAUCUAGUUCUGAGUUACUCAAUUCGAAAACCUAAACUGGACUAAUUUAUACUGAAUCGCUCAUUCAGUUCUAAACUGUUCUCCGUUGAAAUACAGUAAGAGUAAUCUCUUAUUGGUCCAGUAACUUGUAUUGUGUUGUAUCGUAUUGCAUUGCAUUGCAUUGCAUUGCAUUGCAUUGCAUUGCAUUGCAUUGCAUUGCAUUGCAUUGCAUUGCAUUGUAUUGUAACUAAACCUAAACUAAACUACCUUUAUUUAUACUGAAUAGCUCUAUCCGUUCUAAACUGUUUUCCAUAUAAUUAGUUAUUAUUAGUCCAGUAUUAGCUAAACCUAAACUACCUUUAUUUAUACUGAAUAGCUCUAUCAGUUCUAAACUGUUUUCCAUAUAUAUUUAGUUCCUUAUUGGUCCAGUAUUAGCUAAACCAAGCUAAUUUUUUUUAUACUGAACACUUCUAUCGGUCUUAUCUUAACAAUCACCAUACCUCGCCCUUACAGGACACAAGCAUUAUGGUAUUUCUCGCAUUAUGCUUGGGAUGACUCCGAUUUGGCUCAAAAAGAAAUCACUCGUUACCAGGGCGUUCCCGGCCAAGCCACCGCGUACAUGCUAGGUCAACAAAGACUCGUGCAACUACGAGAAUACGCCAAGACUCAGCUUAACAACAAAUUUAAUAUCCAAGAUUUCCAUUACCAAAUUUUGUCUCAAGGCUCAGCGCCCGAAGCCUAUCUUGCAAAGCACGUAGAAAAGUAUGUGAAAUGCUCUCUGGGUACACUGACAGGUCCGACAUGCGAUGUCAUUUUGAAACCGCCCAAGAAAUCCAAUAGUCAGACCGUUCAGAAAGAAGAACCACCCAAGCCUCCUAAACGACAUUACUAUUAAACUUUUUUAGAAACCUUAGUUCUAUCCAACACAAAUGAGUAAUACUGAAUGUAUGUAAGUAGUUGAUUAAUAACCGUGCAAAUCUAAAUCGGACAAAAUAAUAAUAGGACAGAUCUAACGUUUUGAAACACGUUUUCGUUUGCGAAAACAACAUCGCUCACCUUUUGAGCGAUGUUGAAGUGAAUGAGCAAAUUUGAAAUAGUUUGUGAAUAAAUUCAAGUUCAUAGAUCAAAACAUGGCGAUGAAAUAGGAACUUUUGUUUUGCAUUUAAUGCUAUUUUACCACCGAUAUGUUUCUCAUUACGUAUGUCUAAACGUAAAUGCGAUGAUGGUGCCAUCGUGCGCACGCAAUUAUUAAACUACAUAACAUGUAGUCGAGAUUGGAAGAAUUAGAAUAUGCAAAUGAAGUAUUCAACUGUUCAAUCAUCAUUUGAAGAUACAAAAAGUUGCUCAAAAAACAAUUAGUUUCCGCAAGGUUGAUUCGCUUUAUUCUCGUGUACCUUUAUUUUACUUUACACAGAAGACAAAAUAUGCUAGUGCAAAAAUUAUUCAAUGAACAGUUCUAUUUGGCAUGUUUAUAUCCAAUAGCAGCACGUUAUGAUUCAACUGCAAUUUAUUCCGACGCAAAAUCACUGAUCUACUAUUAGAUCAGUGCGCAGAACGCGUCAUUUGGAUGCGCAGUGGAGACUCUCUAUUUGGCUUAUUUCUUUGUCUAUGAUGACACGGGACAAAUCAAUCCGACGGACUGUCGGACUGCUUUGCCUAGACGAAUAGGCUAUGUUCGUUUUAGCGUCUUCCGUAUACUACAAUGUAAUGUUAGGCUUAGACACGAACCAGAUGCUCGACCUUGUAGAUUUAGCCGUAAUAUUAUAUGCCGCUGCAUCAAUUACCCAUCGUAAGCUCUUAGGAUGAUAUAUGGCAUCAAGAAACGUACUGUAUUUUUAAUACUGUGGUUGUCAUUGCUGUAAUUAAUGUAUAAAUACCCGUUCAAAAUAAAGUUAUAAGCAGUGUCCGUC